UGGAUUUAUCAGAAAGCAUGAGAAAGUUCAGGACGGAAAUCAACUUGGAGAAAUACGAUCCAUUUCAAGUCUCUUUGUUGAAAGAGGAUUGUAUAUUGGUUGAUAGGGAAGAUAAGAGAAUAGGCAAGGCUUCGAAAAAAAACUGCCAUUUGAGAAGUGAUGUAGAUGAUGGAAUUCUGCACCGCGCAUUUAGUGUAUUUUUAUUUGAUGAACAAGGAAGGUUGUUGUUGCAACAACGUUCGAAAUCCAAAAUAACCUUUCCGUUAUUUUGGACUAACAGCUGUUGUUCACAUCCACUUGCAAAUCCCAUGGAAAUAGAAGAAGAGGAUCAAAUAGGAAUUCGUCGCGCGGCUCAGCGCAAGUUGAAUCAGGAGUUAGGCAUCAAUCCUGAUGAGUUAGAUUUAAAUUCUUUUCACUAUCUUACGCGAAUUCAUUAUUCGGCUUCUUCGGAUUUGAACUGGGGGGAAAACGAAGUGGACUACAUUUUGUUUUUGAAAAAAAAAGUCAAUAUAGUGAUCAAUCCUCUGGAAGUCAAUGACGUACUCUACGUUUCGCAACAAGAACUCAGAGAUUUCAUCGAGUAUUCUAAGACGAAUAGUCUUGUCAAAAUCACACCGUGGUUUUUGCUAAUCGUCGAAAACUAUAUUUGGAAAUGGUGGGACGCAUUGCUAGACGGAGUCCUGGACAGAUAUCGAGAUGACAUCAUACACCACUACACAUAAUGUAUAUAUAGACCAGCUCGCCCAUACGUGAAGGCCCACAUGGUAUGCGUCCUUCAAUAUUGACUGACUGGCCGUAGCCAUAUUGAGUGGCGAUGGUCUUCGGUAGUCACAGAAUGGGUUGUGCUAAAUGUUUGGUGCUGCCGAACGACGUCCGGAUAUUUCAUUGUGUUGUUCGACAAAAAAGUGUGUUACGAAUAGCCUCUGCCGUUGGUCGUCGUACAUAGGUCCAUUUUUUAGAUGCACAUAACCGUAGCUGAAUCCGAGAAGGCCAAAGUGACAUGCUUCCAAGUUAUUUGAAAGAUCGACCAAAGAAAAUGAAGUGUG